AGGUUUGUACGGAACACUCAGUGCGCGAGUCCGACUCGAACUUGGCCGGUUUUUAUUUGUUAUUAAUAUGUACUAUGUUAUAUUUUAUGCAUAGGUUUAAGUACUUAGUUAAUGAUUCACUGUUUUUGUUUACUUAUCAAAAUUAUUAUUAUCAUGUGAACGCUCUGCUUAUGCUUACUUACGUAUUCGUAUUACUCAUGUUCCCCUUGACCUCGCACUCGGGUGGUGUGGGAUAAAUUACUAUAGAACUCAACGACCGGUUCAGUCGUCCACCGCGUCUCGCGAACUCCGGUCGAGCACGCGUGCGAAUAGAAACAUGAAGCUAUCGGUUCUCGUGUUUACAUUCGUUGUAAUCCUACAACUCGGUGAUUGCCGCCACACUUCAUGGAUCCCAAAUAUUUACGACGUCGUCGCAAACAAAACAUCCCAAAUCAGGAACUACGUCCGCGAAAAAAGCAGGAGCCUAAAACACUUCUACGUUGAAAAUGUGCGAAACAAAAUAACGUCGUAUUUGGGUAUCGACGAUGACAAUAACAAAGUAUUAGAGGAAACAGAUAGCGACUCCCAAGCAAGGAUAAAAAGAAAGUUCAAAGGUUACAUCGACGCAGCUAAAACGAGCGAUAGUAAGAUUUUCGAUUCCAUCGCCCCUGAAGAUCUUGAGUACAAAUGCCUAGAAGACGACCCUUCCGUGCACAUGACGACGCCGCAAUUAAUAGCUCGCAAUGGCUAUACGGCUGAAUCUCACACCAUCGUCACAGACGAUGGCUAUAUCCUCACCGUACAUAGAAUACCAUUCUCUAAAAACUCUUUUAACAGAGUGAGUCCUCGGAAAACGGUGCUACUUCAUCACGGUUUAUUGGGAAGCUCUGCAGACUGGAUAAUACCAGGACCUAAGAAAGGCCUCGCUUACAUCUUAUCUGAAGCUGGUUACGAUGUGUGGAUGGCCAACGUCCGGGGCAACACAUAUUCCCGAGCUCAUGUAUCAUUGAACAUCGACAGCUUCGAGUUCUGGAAUUUCACAUUUCAUGAAGUAAGUCAACAUGACUUGCCCGCGGUCAUCGAUCAUAUUAUGGAUAUCAAAGGUUGGGAUGUCAAAAUAAACUAUAUCGGUCAUUCGAUGGGAACCACAGUGUUGUUUGCGUUACUUUCAACCAAAACACAAUACAAUAAAGUGUUGAGAGCUGGUUUUGCUUUAGCACCAGUUGCUUAUAUGACCGACAUAAAGAGUCCCAUUCGUCUUCUUGCAAAGUAUAGCAAUAACAUAGAGUAUCUGAUGAAGCUGCUAGGAGCAAAUGAGUUCCUACCACAGAAUGCCGUUCUGAGAUGGCUAUCAAAGCAUGCGUGUGAAAUCAACCAUUACGAAGAAGUUAUUUGUGAAAAUUCCCUUUUCGUGCUGUGUGGUCAUGAUGUGAAGCAGUUCAACCGAACGCUUCUGCCGAUGAUACUGGGACACGUGCCUGCUGGAGCAUCAACUAGAACUCUGGUUCAUUAUGCCCAAGAAAUCAAAAACGAUGGAAGAUUCCAACGUUUUGACUACGGCAUUGAUGGAAACAUGAAGCAGUACGGAUCACCGACUCCUCCCGAAUAUCCAAUACAUAAAAUAACUUUACCAAUAGCCUUGUUAAGUGCCCAGAACGAUUGGCUGUCGGGUGAUGUAGAUGUAACGAAUUUGUAUGUCCAAUUAGCUAAUCCAAUAGAACACUACAUUGUGCCAUUACGUGAAUUCAAUCACAUUGAUUUCUUAUGGGGAGUAGAUGCUCCGACUCUUGUUUACAUCAAAUUAUUGCAAUUGCUUGAAGAAGGAGCCUCUAAGUCAUUUGGCGACGAGCCCGAUAUUGAAACUAAUGAUCUUAGUAGCCUCAAUAGAUAAGUUCUACAGUUUAGAUAGAGUACCUACCUACCCAAAUGCAAUCAAUGUACCAAACUAAGUAUCCUAUACCUAGAUAUGUAUUGUAGUGAUUAAAUAGUGCAUUUAUAAUGUGAUGUCAUUUAGAAUAGUGUAAGAGAUUAUUAGUGCUAUGUUUAGUUUGGUUUAAGACUGCUUCAAUACCUACUAUUGUUUAGUUUUAACGUAAGUAGCUUUAGUUUCCGUUAUGAAUACAAACAUAAACCGCUGUUUUAUGUUAAUGUUUUAAAUCUUUGUGUUUUCUACCAAAUCCAAAUUAGUGGACUGUAAUAAAAACCUAACGUACGUAUGCGUAUUAUCUA